UUUCAAUUGUUUAACCAAUUACCAUGAGUAAACAACCUUUUUUUCUCAUUUCUUUCAUUGUGACAAUCAUCAACUGUUCUAAUUUCGUAUCAACAUUAUCAUCAGAUUCAUUGUCAAGAUCAAUUUCUGUUCCAAGGAAUUAUUCUGGACACACAGUUGUUAAAUUAUUAUCAAAUGAAGUACCAAAAUUAUUUCCGUUUUUUAAUGGAUCAACUUUAAGCCAUCAACAAGGAUCCAAAAACUCAGAUAAUGAGUUGGAGGAGUUAUGGACUGUCAAUGAAAUGAACAGCACAUUUAGCGUUUUAAGACUUGGUCCAGCCCAUCGGCAUCGAUUGAAACGAUCAACAGGUUAUUCAAUCAUAUCAGAUGACCUUCAAGAAUGGAUAAACAGAGGAUUUGGACCCAAUAUCCGGUCAGCUAGGUCAACGAAAAGGAUUGAAUCAGUUUUGGUGCGUGAUUUUAGGCUUGACAAGUAUCAGCCAUUAGAUGAAAUUUAUCGUUACCUUGAUGAGCUUGUCAAUGUGGCUCCGGUUCGGGUAUUUGACAUUGGUGAGACUCACGAAGGACGUAAGAUUAAAGCAAUUGAGAUUCGUGGUAAUUCCCAAGAUCCUCGUUUGGUGUGGAUUGAUGCAACCAUUCAUGCAAGAGAAUGGAUCAGUCCGGCAACAAUUAUCUACAUCAUUGAACAAGCCUUGGUAACAAAGGCUAAAGUUAACUUCCUAAUGGUUCCAGUAUUUAACCCAGAUGGUUACGAGUAUUCUUGGACAGUUGAUAGACUAUGGAGGAAGAAUCGUCGUCUCAGCUCAUCAACAAGCCCAUUAUCACCUUCAUCUUUACCAAACUUACCUCGAUCAGCCGAUGCAAUGACCGAAGAGUGCAAUGGAGUUGAUCUUAAUCGAAAUUUUGAUGCUUCUUUUGAUGGACAAGGUUCUUCGGAUGAUGUUUGCUCUCAACUUUAUCAAGGGCCAUCACCUUUUUCUGAGCCUGAAACACGAUCAGUGGGCCAUUUAAUUUGGACGAUGAGGAAAAACAUUAAGCUUGCCAUUAGUAUUCAUUCAUUUAGUCAACUUUGGGCUUGUCCAUAUGCCUACGAUACAGCUCCUACACCUCAUUAUCGUGAACACAUGGAGGUUCUGAAAGCCAUCCAAGAUGCUGUUUAUAAAACACAUGGUGUCCAGUAUACUAUUGGUCCUUUGUCAACAUCACUUUAUGUUGGAUCAGGUUUCUCCAUGGAUUGGAUGUAUGAAAGAGCUGGAAUUGCCCACAGUUAUCUGGUUGAAUUGCGUGAUAAAGGAGUUUAUGGAUUUCUGCUUCCUGCUGAUCAAAUUAUUCCAACUGCUACUGAGACUUGGGCAGGAAUUAAGGCUGCAAUAUACAAAGUAUUAGACGUGAAAAUUAGAUCUUGAAUAAGUGAUUUAAAUUAACAUUUCCCUUUUUCAUUAAUGUUGCCUUUUACUGAUUUCCUCGCUAAAUCGAGGUAUCACAUUUGAUGUGGAUGAAGAUAUUUUUACAUAACAAAUGACUGGGACCAUUUGUAAUACAAAAGCUUUUUUUAACACAUUGUAAUUGCCGAAAGUGUACAGUAUUUAUCUGUAAAGAAAUAAAUUUAUGUAUUUAUAUUGA